CAACUACGGCAAGUGCGCUCUAAGUUUCAUUGCUUAUCAACUUACACACUGUGUUGCUCGUUUUCGAACUUUGCCGUGGACAUCGCACACCGCCCGUACAAAAUUUGGACCUUGUAUGAUUACGAUUCGCCCCCAAAAGAAAUAGUAGCUGAUAUUAUCGAUUUAGCCAAAGAGGGAAAUGACACCAUUAUCAGCAAUUAUUCUUUAAAUAGACUUUUAAAAGAGCUUGCCGAAAUCAUGGCAACUUCUAUUAAAAAAGCGAACAAUAUGUCAAGAAAAUUGUCAACAAUCCAUUUGCAGUCAUAA